CAGAGGGAUACGUUUCUCGAUUUGAUCAGAAUUCAAAAUGAAAGCUCAAGUGUUGUUCGCUUUGUUCGCAUCGCUCCAGCUGGCUUAUGGUCAGAGCUCCUCGCCCGAAAUCGUUCCCGUCCCGGGAGGUCUCAACGGCACCGGUAUCACCACGAGGUACUGGGAUUGUUGUAAACCAUCUUGCGGCUGGUUCGUACCAAGCACCAACGUCAAAACCCCAGUCGAAACAUGCGCCGCCAAUGGUGUGAAUCCGAUCGACGCAAACGCUCAGUCUGGUUGCGACGACGACGGUGUAGCUUACAUGUGCAACGACCAACAAGCCUGGGUGGUCAACGAUACCCUUUCCUACGGAUUUGUAGCUGCCUCGUUUACUGGUGGUGCGGAUACCAGUCAGUGUUGUCGUUGCGUCUUGCUCUCGUUCCAAGGCAGAUUGCUGGGCAAACAUCUCCUGGCUCAAAUCACCAACACCGGCGGCGACUUGUACCAGAACCAUUUCGAUAUCGCCAUUCCCGGGGGAGGGGUAGGUCUCUUUAGGCGCGGCUGCAUGACCCAAUGGAACACCACAGUGAAUGGGUGGGGCGAUCCCAUCACCGGUGUAGCUUCUGAGAACGAGUGCUCUGAACUACCGGAAGUUCUCCAACCUGGUUGCGACUGGAGGUUCGAGUUUCUCGAAGGUGUCGAUAACCCGGACGUAGUGUUCCAGGAAGUCGAGUGUCCCGCGGACUUGAUUGCCGUUACGAAGUGUACUGCCCUCUCUUGAAUCUACCAAUAAAAGUCUGUUAAAUGUGUG